AUGCAGCUCACCCAACCCACGGCAGCCAAGCUGCUCCUCCUCUGGGCAUCGGCCAGCGAGCUAUGCACCGCGGCACCGCACUUGGACAGCCCCCGCGAGCGCCUCCUCCGGGGCAUGGACAUUCCCGCGAGCUACAAGAAGAAGAGCAGCGGCAACCCGUACAUUCCGGGCUUCAGGGAUCCCAACGACGGGGCCGUCGACUCGGUCGGAGACGGCCUCGACCCGCUCCCCUACCGCAACGGGCUCGGCGCCUCGGUGCUGGGUCCCUGGAACAGCGAGCGCUCGCGCCAGAACCCGGAUCUGGUGCGCCCGCCUUCGACGGACAAGGGAAACAUGCCCAACAUGCGAUGGAGUUUCGCGGAUUCGCAUAUUCGGAUUGAGGAAGGCGGAUGGACCCGACAGACGACUGUCCGCGAGCUGUCCACCAGUGUCGAGCUCGCCGGCGUGAACAUGCGACUUGGCGAGGGCGUCAUCCGCGAGCUUCACUGGCACAAGGAGGCCGAAUGGGCGUACGUUUUGGAUGGCGAGGUCCGCGUGACGGCGCUCGACUACGAGGGCGGCAACUUUAUCGACGACCUCAAGAAGGGCGACUUGUGGUAUUUCCCAUCAGGCGUGCCUCACUCGCUGCAGGGAUUGAGUCCCAAUGGCACCGAGUUCCUCCUCAUCUUUGAUGAUGGCCGGUUCUCUGAGGAAUCCACCUUUAUCCUGUCCGACUGGCUUGCCCAUACCCCAAAGUCAGUCAUUGCCGAAAACUUCCACCUCGAACCCGAAGUCUUCAAGCAUCUCCCCGAGGGCGAGAAAUACAUCUUCCAAGGCACGCUCCCGGGCCCCAUUGACGAGGAACGGCCCAAGGGCAAGCAUGCCAAGAAAUCCCGCUUCAACUUCACCCACAGGAUGCUCGACCAGGAGCCCGAGCAGACGUCGGGCGGCGAGGUCCGCAUCACCGACUCCAAAAACUUUCCCAUUUCCAAGACUGUGGCUGCGGCCCACCUCACGAUCCAGCCGGGCGCCCUGCGCGAGAUGCACUGGCACCCCAACGCCGACGAGUGGUCGUUCUUCAUCAGGGGCCGGGCCCGGAUCACCAUCUUUGCGGCCGAGGGCACCGCUCGCACGUUUGAUUACGUGCCCGGAGAUGUCGGGAUCGUGCCCAAGAAUAUGGGCCACUUUGUGGAGAAUAUCGGCGACGAGCCUAUUGAGAUGCUGGAGAUUUUCAGGGCUGAUGAGUUUCGCGAUUUCUCCCUCUUCCAGUGGAUGGGUGAAACACCCAAGAAGCUCGUUAUUGAUCAUUUGUUCAAGGACGAUAAGGAGAAUGGUGAAAAGUUCUGGAAUGAGAUCAAGGAAGCGAAGAAGGAUCCCAUUACGAAGUUCCAAAAGGAUCGUCGUUCCUCCAAAGCGCAGAGAGUGGAGGAGCUGUGA